GACAUGCCUUACAAGGAAAUGGCUAGCCAUUGUGAAGCCCUCCAAAAGGGAAAGCAACGGAAAAUGUCUGAUUUUAUGGGUUCCCAGGAGAUCCCGGACAAUCUAUUGAGCCAAUAUUGUCAUGAUUUUAACCAGGCAACGCAUGUGCCAUCUCAUUCCCAGAGUGGGAAUCCAUUCCUUGACCAGAACUUCAGUGCUAACCCAGCUAUAGGUAUGACGCCAAUGCUGUGCGCAACCAAGUACCAGCAUCAUCCCGACUUCUUUAUGCUACCGGCAGCAAGCCCUUUUGAUCACUUUCUGAAGGCUGCUGGUAGUUGAGAUUCCAAAUGGCCAAGAGAAUGGAUAAAGCAUGUUUUAAACUCAAAGGGGUUGAAGGUCUAAUAGUGUAGCAGAGGCUUAAAAGGAAGGACUUCUAGCACUGGCAGUUUUCUAAAUUUGCACUGCUGGUUGCUAUUGUUGUUGGCAGAGAAGGUUUAUCUUCUUUUCUUUUCUUUUUUUUUGGUCAUGAGCUUAGUGAAUUUGUUGCCAAUUCAUUUAAGAUGCCUUCAUUCAUGUGUUCUUUUUCUAUAUUUUGUAGGAGAGGGAAUGCUUUUUUAAUUAAGUUCCUCCCGAUUGUUUUUCUCAGUCAAUGAA